CGAAACAAAGUGCUCAAAACACCCAACUUCCCAUUGUCAUUCUACAAACACGUAUAUUAAUUGAUGCAGCUUUCAUAUCACAUCAAACAUUGAGUACUUACCGGUGUUGUCGAAGCUGCAAGAAGAUAACCCGAAAUUUCAUUCAAUAUUAUGGAUUUAGAUGCGAUUGAUGUGGUAGGAACCGAGAGUGAAAAAUCAAGCGAUGAAGAAAAUGUUGUUUCCAAGUCAAUAAUAACCGAUCAAAGUGAUAAAGACCUUGAAGAAAAUGAAGAGGAAAGAAACGAGGAAAUUAAAACAGCGGAGGUGAAUCAUGAACAAUCAGAAGAAGGGCUUUGUGAUUGGAUAGCAAACAGUCUGAACUGUGUGAGCUGUAUAACCUGUACCAACUGCCCUGACCGCUUUGGAAAACUCUUUUGUUCAUUGUGCAAGUGGAACUUAGAUAUCAAUUUAAAUGCAACAAAUCAGAACACCAAUCCAUCGCAACCAGUGGUAAAUAAGCGUAAUGAAUGGCUUUCGCAAGAUAAGGAAACGAUUAAAAAUUUGGAAAAGAAAAUUGAAAAGAUGAAAAAGAUGGAACAAGUUCAACAUAAUGAAUGUAUACGAUUGAAAACUAAAAUUGGAGAACUAUCGGAGGUAACAACGAAGUUGGAAGGGCAGCUUUCGACAGUACAGACCGAUAAUGCUCGCCUGCAAACAGAUUUGCUUGAGUGUCAGAAACAAAAUGUAGAUCAUAAGGCAGAAGUUAAACGACUCGAAUUGGAACACACAAAAGCUGCUUCAGAGUUGAUUAAGCAAACAGUAAAGACACAAGAACUGGAGGUAGCUUUGGAAAGCUGUAGAACAGAACUUAAUAAAAUUUCAAAACAACGGAAGGAUCUAAGUAGAGCACUCGAUGAAACGGAUGACCAGCAACGUUUAGAAAUGAAAAAGCUGCACGAGACCUUGCAGAAAUCGGAGUAUGAGAAAGCUGAACUGGAUUGCCAAAUCAGACUGCUUCAUGGUGAAUUGCAAGCUGCAAUAGGACGGGAACAUCAGGCUUUACGUGACAAUGCGCAACUGCAACAGAAGCUGACAGCGCUUCAAAAUCAAUCAAAAUAAAACCCAUGCACUUUGAAGUUCCCACUGCAAAGGCAAAUUUCUCUAAAAAUUUAAUAUUGUAGUUAAUGUAUCUAAGUCCUUAAACAAAAGUGUUUGCUCAACACAUAGAAUUACGAUUGUAAGAAAAGCCGUAUCGUAUAUGGAACGAGUUGCAUCUAAAAUCGCUAUAUAGACAGUUCUUGAGCAUUGUUGGCUAAAUUGAUCGUAUUCCAGGAUGAUGAUAUAGAGCCGCUAGUCUGUUUAUGUAUUUAAAUUAUUGAAAAUUGUAGAAUCAGAUUGUUCUCAUUAUAUAAGACGAAGCAUUUAUUUUGCAACCAUCACGAAACUGUAGUGUGUGUUAUCUGGAACUUUUAGGAAACUUGUUCAUCGGUCGUUUUAGGGAAACAGAAUACUAAUGCAAAUUUCCAUGUCGAUGUUACUAUAUUUUCUUGCGUGUUUGUAGUUUAGCACAUGCCAUAUAAAUUUACUCUUGCUCAGAUGGAAAGGUCGAAACUGAUGAUAGCGAAUGUUUCGAGAAAUUUAUAUUGUUCAUUAGCUACAAAAUAUAACAUAGAUAGAUAUUGUUAGAUAGAAAUAUGUUAUAUUUAUAUUUUAAUUUUUAUAUUGGUAUUGUAAUGCAUUGCUAAUUCCAGUUUCAUUCAAAGUAUGCAAUGAACGACAACAAAAAAUGUUGAGUAAUUAAUAUCCUUCUUCUCAUCGCAUGUUGUUUUUAUAGGCCAACGUU